AUGGGCAUGCUGGUAGUUAACGUGACCUGGAGAAACAAGACCUAUGUCGGCACCCUCCUGGACUGCACCAGACACAACUGGGCCCCGCCAAGCCUGCUGGGUCUGAGUGUCCUCAACAUCACAGAGCUGUCUGAGCCUUUUAUAGACUUCUCUACUAAACACCCCACUGGUCUGUCCACAGCCUGCUGGGCCUGCAAACCAGAACGUAAGAAGAGGAGGAAAAAGGAAUCUGACAUUGUUGAGGAGCACAAUGGCCACAUCUUCAAGUCCACCCAGUACAGCAUCCCCACCUACUGCGAAUACUGCUCCUCUCUCAUCUGGAUGAUGGACAGGGCCUGCGUCUGCAAACUGUGUCGGUACGCCUGCCAUAGAAAGUGCUGCUCCAGGACCACCAAAUGUAGCAAAAAGUACGACCUGGAGCUGUCGUCCAGGCAGUUUGGCGUGGAGGUGUCUCGUCUGACCAGCGAGGAGAGGACCGUGCCCCUGGUGGUGGAGAAGCUCAUCAACUACAUCGAGAUGCACGGCCUCUACACAGAGGGCAUCUUCAGGAAGUCUGGCUCCACCAAUAAGAUCAAAGAGCUGCGGCAGGGGCUGGACACAGAUGUGAGCAGCAUGAACCUGGACGAUUACAACAUCCACGUCAUCGCCGGAGUGCUCAAACAAUGGCUCCGUGACCUGCCCAACCCUCUGAUGACCUUUGAACUGUACGAGGAGUUCCUCCGGGCAAUGGGCCAGCCAGACCAGAAGGAAGUAAUCCGAGGGAUCGCCCUUCAGGAAGACACCAACCGUAUGUCGGCCAAUGCCCUAGCCAUCGUGUUCAGCCCCUGCAUCCUCCGCUGCCCCGACACCAUCGACCCCCUGCAGAGUGUCCAGGACAUCGGCAAGACCACCGCGUAA